CGGAAAGCCUCAUAUGGCACAUGGGUCGGCGAUUAUCGCCGAAUCGCCAACCACUGAUCGGACCAUCCAGGGAAAUCCUUGAUCUAGGUGACCAGGUCUGACGAUUUUCAUUUCUUGAGUCGCACCAUUCGUCCAGCAAACACGCCUUUCCGUAGAUUUCCGUCUCUCGCCAGUCGAGAACAUGCGGGAAUUCUCGGGCGUAGAAUCACGCGAAGUGAGGGAUCAGAUCGAUCGAUUACACAUCCGGAAAUCCCCGGCCCCCAAAAAGAUUGAAAUUUGUGCACUUACCUCAUACGUCUUCACUGACUCUCCCGACUAUGGUUGCUAUCGUCCAACGCCCUGCGCCACCUUUCAAGGCUACUGUUGCUGCAGACGGUCUGAUUGAGGAGGGGGUGACGCUCGAGCAGUACCUCGGCAAAUGGGUCAUCCUCCUAUUCUACCCGAUGGACUUCACCUUUGUCUGCCCAACUGAAAUCCUUGCCUUCAACGACGCGCUACAGUCGUUUACCGAGCUCAACACCGUCGUCCUCGGCGUCUCUACCGAUUCUCACUUCUCCCACCUCGCAUGGGCCGCGCAGGACCGCAAGGCCGGCGGCCUGGGUCCCGACUUGAAGCUGCCGCUCAUUGCAGACCGCAGCAUGAAGAUCUCGCGCGACUACGGUGUGCUCAUCGAGGAUGAGGGUAUCGCACUCCGUGGGCUGUUUAUCAUCGAUCCCACAGGCAUCAUGCGCCAAAUCACCAUCAACGACCUCCCUGUCGGCCGCUCCGUCGAUGAGACUCUCCGCCUGAUCAAGGCCUUCCAGUUCACCGACCUGUACGGUGAGGUCUGCCCAGCUAACUGGCACGAAGGAGAGAAGACCAUCAAGACUGAUGUUAAGGGGAAGCUCGAAUACUUCGAGAGCAAGUGAGUUUGAAGGUCGAUCGGAUACGCACAUGGGCCCGAUCCCCUUGAUUGUAGAAUUUAGAACGUAGAAUCUAGAGUUUUAAAGCUUGCUAGAACCUAGAGGUUGCUUUGAUCUGCCUGUUCAAAUCCACAAAGUCGGGUUCAGUCGGAUUAUUAUAGAUGGUCCUCUUUGAUUUUGUGACAGGUGUUACUAGCGAAUGCGACUAUACUUGAUGUCGAUUGCCG